AUGCUACGCGCGUGUUUACAUAUGCCCAUAUUAACUGUCUACGAAAUUACAAAAGACGUAUACACACUGCACUGUGAAUUUAAGAGUGAUGUGAAACAUUUAAGACAUGCUCGAACUUUGAUCAGGCAUGGGAGGUCCAGGGUUCAUUUCACGCGGCUACAUACGAGGGCUAGAGACCUGGUCGCUCAGGUCAUAGAAGCAGAAACCAGCAGCGAAUUAGAGAGCAUCGACAAAUCCGGUGAAGAUCCAGUCGUAUCAGCCCUCAGGCCCUAUGGAGCACCAGACGAAGACGGAUAUAAAGAAACAACACCAGAUAUGUUUCAGAAAUAUUUCGGGAAUUUCUCCGGAAAUAUGAUUUCUAGAGAUACGACAAAUGAUGUCUCGUUGUUAGACCAUUUUAUAAAUGUAGAACAUAGUUACGACAACGACACACAAAGGAUAUUGUCAGAUGACACAAAUCUAGAGACGAACGUCAAAGACAGUAUAGUUAAUGAUACAAAUAAUACUGAGAACGUGACAGUUGUGAAACCGAAUGUACACGAAGACGUUGUAACUAAAUUCCUAAGAUUAAUAGAAACCCAACAUUUGUUAGGUGAGAAUUGUACUGCAGGGACUCAUCUUAAUUUAGGUGAAGGAGUUGUAGAUAGAUACGCUCAAGAAAGAUUUAGGAUAGAAGCUGAUGUAGCUGUAAACAGAGCAAAUAUGCUGACUAGGUUAUGGAAGUAUGCGGGUCCGACAGUGAUGCACAACGAAUAUUUGCUUCAUGCGAGUGUCUUUUCGAUGGUAGAAUUCGAUGAUGACGUUUUUGCUGCUGGUAAUUGUUACGAUCAAUAUCAAUACAAAGACUAUCAACUUUUUUGUCCAUUUGCGUAUCGGUUACCCGAAGGACCAAUAUUGGCAAAAGAUCUGGCGGUCGAAUACAAAUAUUUGAGCAACACCUCGGAAUGGUUUUACAUUGCCCGCAAGAAUGCCGAGCGCGUGAUUCGAAACCACAAUCAGUUUAGGCGAGGUUUCAACACAUAUACAUAUAACGACACUGCACACACAGAAAGGGAGCCGGACGAAAUUUUGUCGGUCACGUACGAGGACGGCAAAUGGUCGAAGCCCUAUUACGAUUGCGGUGGGGGCAAUAUUUGGAUGCUCACCUACACCGUACCCUUCUUCGGUUUCAACAAUGGAACGUACUUUUUCAAAGGAACAAGCGGUAUAGACAUCGAUCUGAGACGAGUGGACAUCGACCAAUGCCCUCUCAAGCCGGGCUCGACCCAGCUCAACAUAUUCGCGGGAACUGACAAGUGUAAGAAGACAACUACAGAGUGUGUUCCUGUACCCGGACUGGGGUUCAGAAGAGGUUCUUAUCGAUGCGUUUGUCGUCGAGGAUUUUAUUUUCCAAACACGACCGCUGAAAAUAGAUUUUAUAAUGGAAGUGACAUUGAAGAAGAAUAUGAGAAGAAUCUCUCGGAUCAAUACAGCCUGUACUCCAUAGGAACAGCUUUCGAAUGCUUGCCCUGUGCUGAAGGUUGCGAAGCAUGUGUUGACGGUUCUCCUUGUGUUGCUGCUUUGAACUGGGUGGUUAGGACAACCAUUUUCGCUUUGGCCUGCUUCGUCAUCUCCUGUCUACCGUUCAUCGUGUACUUUACGAUCAAGUAUGGACAUGUAAGGGUUGUUCGUGCUGCUAGUCCAGCUCUACUGAGAGUGAUAGUUCUUGGAGCUCUCCUAAUUUACUCCACAACCCUGGUCAUGUAUGGGAGACCAACAGUCUUCACCUGUACUGCAAGAGUUUGGCUUCGGGAGGUGGGAUUCUGUUUAACAUAUGGUGCCUUGAUGCUAAAAACUUGGAGAAUUUCCGUCAUCUUUCAAGUUCGUUCCGCCAAAGCAGUCAAAAUAUCGGAUAUGUAUCUAUUGCGGCGCAUCGGGGUGAUAGUGGGAGUUGCCUGCGUGUUGCUCUCGAUACGAACCCUCGUUGCGCCACCAGCGGUUAUAGUUGGAAGGACGCGGGAAGACCUGAAAGCGUACUUGUGCAACACUGACUGGUGGGACCAUUCCUUCACAACUCUGGAAGUAAUAUUCCUUAUGUGGGGUAUUCGUCUGUGUAUCAUGGUGCGGAAGGCGCCCUCCGAGUUCAACGAGAGUCGAUUCAUCUCGAUGGCUAUAUAUAACGAGUUCCUGCUAUCCGUCUUCCUUAAUAUAUCCAUGCUAUUUUUACAGUCGCCAGCUAACCCAGAUCUUCUGUACAUAAUAUUCUUCUGCCACACCCAACUCACUGUCACUCUUCUACUUUGUUUCAUCUUCGGUAGUAAGGCGUACAUGGUGUUUAGAGGACAUGGAAAAGAUGACCGGGAAAAAACUGGAAAAUUCAGAUCAAGACCUGCGGAAUCUACCUACACCAUGACCACGAACCGUAGUACUCGCUUCUGUGAUAACAUGACUGAAAGAGAUUUGGAGGAGGAGUUCAAAAAAAUAUGCAAUCAGCUUGAAAAAUUACGAGAGCGAUGUGGAUCUGGUGCUCACCUUGGAAAAAUUAUCGCUACCAUGCAAGAUGCUGCUAUAUCACAUGAAAGAAAACCAGGAGUAUCUGAAUCAGCACCAUUAAAAUUAAACACAGUUUUCAGUGCAGUCGCUGGUAGACUGAUGUGUACAGUAACACCAGGAGAGGAAUCCAGCAGCAGUGGCAGAGAUCUGCCCUUUGAAGCACCUCCAGCGUACAGACAGAAAAUAUUUACGCCAACGAAAAGCGCAGAAAACAGUAACGCAGAACAAAGUCAAACAGAUAUCACGACAGAUUCUCCUAAACGUAAAGCAGAUGCAGCGGAAGAAAUCAAAGAUGAAAAACAAAAUGGUGUAUUCAAAAUAUCUGGUGAAGCCGGUUGCAGUGAUAUUCGACCGCCAGAAAUGACAGCAAGAAAUGGUAUCAAAAGUGAUAGGAGUGAAGUUAGAUCCAGUCCAAGUAGCACGGAAACGAUAAGAGGUGUUAGAUCAGGCCAUGCAAGGACUCACGCUAUAGUUAUAAACUUAGACGACAAAAGUCGUUUCACCGAAGAAGUGACAGUUUAAAA